GUACUAUGCUACUGCAACUUCUUACAAAACCCUUAAACCCUAAGUUUACAAAGUUUUCAUAAACUGCACUCGUCUAAAAUUUCUCACAAAUCAAUCAAUUAUUUCCAAUUUCAAGGAAUUUACGUUCGCUCUACAGGUAGGUUAUCAGUAGACUGUAAAGUAAGCAGAUGGCUCUUUUUAGAAUUGCAAAACGACCACUUAAGAUGUUUCUUUACAACCAAAUUAGCACUGCCGGUUACCAUACACAUGGAAACUCUACUUGGGCAAGCCAUUGGACUCCCAUAUCAAAGUCUACAGAAAUCAAGGACUUAUUUUCGAUCAGAUAUGCCAACCCAACAGUUGCAUUUUUAUCAAUUUCAAGACAGUUCAGUGAUCAAGCUCCUGCAGCAUCAGGGCAAAUGAAUCUCAUUAGGCAAUUAAGAGAACGAACUAGUGCUCCCAUAAAGGAUGUCAAGUUAGCUCUUGUUGAUUGCAAUUGGAACAUUGAGGAAGCACAGAAGGAGUUGAGGAAAAGAGGGAAAGUUCUAGCAUCAAAAAAGUCAUCCCGAACUGCUACUGAGGGUUUACUUGCUUUAGCACAAAGUGAGGGCAAAGCUGCUGUAAUUGAACUUAACUGUGAGACUGAUUUUGUUGCCAGGAAUGAGAUAUUUCAGUACUUGGCCUUAUCUCUGGCAAAACAAGCAUUAUUGGCUGAAAAUGUUUUGCAGCAGGCUUCUGGGGUCUAUACUGUUGGACCUGAGUACUUGGAGGGUUUACAAUUGAAUCUCAAGCAUCCAAAAAUAAGUGGAGAAACAACUGUUCAGAAUGCAAUUACUGAAGUGGCUGCAAUGAUGGGGGAGAAUGUAAAACUGAGAAGGGGUGUUCUAAUGUCUGCAUCUUUACCAGGGGUCAUUUCAACCUACCUCCACACAAGCUCUCAACCAGGUUUGGGUCGUAUAGCUGGACUUGUUUCUCUUAAAAUAGAGGAUGAAAAGUGUCUGCUGGAUCCUUUACAGCGUGUUGGAUCAGAAUUAGCAAUGCAUGUAGUUGCUGCAAAGCCAUUAUUCUUGGCAAAAGAUUCAGUGUCUUCUGAUGCAUUAGAGAAUGAACGAGAGGUUCUCAAAUCUCAGGCAGAAAGUACGGGAAAGUCUCAGAUGGCUGUAGAAAAAAUGGUAGAAGGUCGUUUGCGUAAAUACUAUGAAGAAGUUGUUCUUCUGGAGCAAAAGUUUAUCAUGAAUGAUACUUUAAAUAUAAAGACACUUUUGGAUAAUCUAUCCAAGGAAGUAGGCUCACCUGUGACGGUUGGGAAUUUUUUCAGAGUGGAAGUAGGAGAGGGAAUUCAGAGGCUAGAGGUUGCCAGUUCAGAUGAACCUGUGGCUUGAGCAGCAUAGUAUGAGAUGAUACCGGCCCUAAAUAUGUGAAAACUCACAAAGAUAAGAUUUUACUCUUUAGAUGUCACAUCAGAGAGGCUCUUUUAUCCUUCUUGCAUCUUUGGGUGAUCUUAGUAUGUUUCCGUACGCUCCCUCAUGUUACUUAAUGCCCAAAAGAGCCUUUUUUUUUUUGUUUUUUAAGUUGAUGGAUGCAAUUGUGUAUUACUGAUACUGAACACUUCUCAUUGUCCUUAUUGACUGAAUUUUGCCCCCAGUGAAAAAUAAUAAAACUAUUAUUGCUUGUAGCAGUUUGUUUA